AUGGAAGUUCACGUAGUCUCAAAGCAGGACAACCAGCAACAUGCGACCUUCACCGUCCCUGAAGCUUCCCUGCCAGAGCUGGCCGCGUCCUCGAUUCGCGUCCGCCCGGCGGUCAUCAGUCUGACUUCGAACAAUUUGACGUAUGCAGGACUGGGACAUGCAAUUCACUGGUGGGAUACAUAUCCCGUCUUUGAGAACUAUCCAGCCCCCUACAAUGACAGCGCAGCCUGGGGCAUCGUUCCUGCUUGGGGGUUUGCUACAAUUCAGGAAAGCAAUAUUGCUGAAUUGCCCAACGGAACCAUGCUCUAUGGGUUCUGGCCGACCUCGGGCGCGCUGACAGACCUCAAGCUGGCACCAUCUGAGCCACAGGGCUACUGGACUGAAGUCAGCGAGCACCGCAAGCAGCUGAUGACCAUCUAUAACAUGUACUGUGUGGAGCCCUCCAGCAGUGAUACUCCCAAUGCGCAAGACGAGCUCGAGCGCCUGGGGUGGUCAUCUGUCUUCCGUGCCAUCUGGUCGGCAGGGUAUGUGCUCAAUGAGCAUGUCUUCUCGGCCCACCCGCAGACCCAGCCUUCAAUUCACCCCCUCGGCAGCGAGGUAGGGUUAGACUGGACAGCCGACGACGGCGACCUGAGUUCGGCCGUUGUGGUCAAUCUGGGCGCGUCAACGAAGACAGCUCGGGCAUUCACGUACCAUGCAUCGCGCCGAGCACACGACGUCGGGCCCCUCGGACUUCUGGAAGUGACCUCCGCCGUGUCAGGCCUCUCGCAGGCCAUGCAAAAUCUGUCUCCCAAGUUUUCCACGCGCACGAUUGACUACUCCGAUAUCAAGGCUGAGGGAACCGCUGCCUGGCUGGACAGCCUCAAGCCCUCGAAGAUCGUAAUUCUCGAUUAUGGCGCCCGCGGGAAUGCAUUGGAGCAGCUGCUGGAGCUGGUCAGAUCGCACUCUAAUCUGAAGUCUUGUAAGGUCGUAAUUAUCUCAAUCGGAUUUGAGCAGAAGGUAAAGUUCCCUAUUCUCUCGACAUGUACAGUGGCCAAACCAUGGUUUGUUGACUGGCAAAAACAGGUAUACACCAGCGAGGAGAUGCAGGCAGUCGGCAAAGACCUGGUGCAGCUGGGGAAGCUUCAGUUCAAUACAUCUGGUGUUCGCGACACGCUGAUGGAAUCCAUGUCUCGGGCGAAGUUCUUUGAGGUUUUAAAUGAAGCGUGGAGACAAUGGCUUGCCGAUCGGCCAACAAGUGUACCAGACAUGAAUCUUGUGUGGGGUAAGGGAGUUUCUGGUGUAGAUGGGCUGGAAGGAGGUUGGGACAGACUGUGUCAGGGACAGGUGAAGGCAGAGGAGGCGUUGGUGUAUACAAUGCAAUGA